AUGGCUUGGAAGAUUCUAUUUUGUCACCGAACCACCAGUUUCAUCUUUCUGACCACCUUCAUGCUCUUAAUUGUCAUGUUCAUUUCUUUAACCUGGAUGAAGUUUGACACCCUUUCAAAAGUGAUCAAGUGUAAGCAAGCUGAGGUUAUUUACAAGACAGUAGGGCAACAGAACAUGACAGUUUCUUCCAAUACUAAAGAUAUUCUCGUUCUUGUUUGGGUUUGGCCAUUUGGAACCCAUUUCCCACUUGACACUUGCCGGAUUGCAUCAGGCAUUUCUGGAUGUAAAAUGACAGCCGACAGGAGUCAAUACAGUGUUGCAGAUGCUGUGGUCAUGCACCAUGUAGAUAUCAUGUAUGACCAGAAAUCAUUACCGCAAGAACCAAGACCUCAUAAUCAGCACUGGGUCUGGUUUAACAUGGAGCCUCCAUUAAUCAUCAAAAACCUCCAUUUUCUAGACAACCUGUUUAACUUGACAAUGACGUUCCGCCAGGAUUCUGAUAUCUACAGGCCUUAUGGUAGGAUUGUAGUUUUAAAAGAGCCACGGAAGCUCACCAUUCCAGCUAAGUCCAAACUGGUCUCUUGGGUAGUCAGUCAGUGGUACCCUGGUGUUGCUCGUACAGCUUAUUAUGAAGAGCUAAGGAAAUAUAUUCCUAUAGAUGUCUAUGGUAAAAAAAACAUGACAUUGAGCUGGAAUGACUUCUUCAAAACUAUCUCCCAGUACAAAUUUUAUUUGGCUUUUGAAAAUUCUAAUUAUAAGGACUAUAUCACUGAAAAAUUCUGGUCAAAUGCAUAUGAUUCAUGGGCUGUGCCAGUUGUGUUAGGGACCUCGCGUACGAACUAUGAGCGAUUCAUCCCUCGAGAUGCUUUUAUUCAUGUUGACGAUUUCCCCAGUGCCAAGGAGCUGGCUGCUUACCUUCUUGAACUGGACAAAGACGAAGAAAGGUACAAAAAAUACUUUAACUGGAGAACACAUUACCAAGUGAUAAGAGAUCCUGGAUGGGAGCGUAACUACUGCCAAGUGUGUGCUGCAUUAAGGAAAGCUCCAUAUUAUCAGACAAUUCCGAGUAUAGCCAAAUGGUUUUUAGAAAAUGUAGAGGUAUCCAACACCGAAAACUAA